CUCGUGUUAUUGUCUGAUGCAGCAAAGCUGCAGGGCAAGUAGUUAGCCUGCUAAAACAGCAUUUUUAUUGAAUUUACAUAAAUGUAUUAAUAACCAAAGCUCACAAAGAAUGAGAAGAGUCACUUUAUUUGUAAACGGGACGUCUAAGAAUGGCAAGGUCGUAGCAGUGUAUGGGAGCUUGUCUGACCUGCUGUCUGCAGCCAGCAACAAGCUGGCCAUCAGGGCUUCCUGCCUGUUCAAUGGGAAGGGAGGGCUCAUCGAUGACAUAGCCCUGAUCAGAGAUGAUGACGUGCUGUAUGUGUCAGAAGGAGAUCCAUUUAUUGACCCACAGAAUGACGCUAAGGCCACAUCCGAGCCGCACGGCGCACACACGGACUGGCUCACCCUCAACAUCGGCGGGCGCCUCUUCACUACCACCAGAAGCACUUUGGUCAGCAAGGAGCCCGAGAGUAUGCUUGCACACAUGUUCCGCGAAAAAGAUGUGUGGGGAAACAAGCAGGACGGGCACGGGGCCUACUUAAUAGACCGCAGCCCUGAUUACUUUGAGCCUAUUCUCAACUACCUGAGACACGGUCAGCUCAUUAUCAAUGAAGGCAUCAAUUUACAAGGAGUUCUGGAGGAGGCUCGGUUCUUUGGGAUCGAGCAGCUGGCUGAACAGCUGGAAGCCGUGAUAAAGAACUCGCAGCCGCCUGAAGACCACUCUCCCAUAUCCCGCAAAGAGUUUGUUCGUUUUCUUUUGUCGACGCCCACCAAGUCAGAGCUCCGCUGUCAGGGACUAAAUUUCAGUGGCGGUGAUCUGUCCCGACUGGAUCUGCGGUAUAUAAAUUUCAAGAUGGCUAAUCUCAGCCGCUGCAAUCUGUCACACGCCAACCUGUGCUGUUCAAAUCUGGAGCGGGCCGACCUCUCUGGAGCCAACCUGGACGGUGCAAACUUACAAGGAGUGAAGAUGCUCUGUUCGAACGCUGAAGGAGCGUCUCUGAAAGGAUGCAACUUUGAAGACCCGUCUGGACUGAAGGCCAACCUGGAAGGCGCAAACCUGAAGGGAGUUGACAUGGAAGGAAGCCAGAUGACCGGUAUUAACCUGCGUGUGGCCACUCUCAAAAAUGCAAAGCUGAAGAACUGCAACCUGCGGGGCGCCACUUUAGCGGGGACGGAUCUGGAGAACUGCGACCUCUCUGGCUGUGAUCUACAAGAAGCCAACCUGAGAGGAUCCAAUGUGAAAGGAGCCAUUUUUGAAGAGAUGCUGACACCUCUGCACAUGUCCCAGAGUGUCAGAUAACUCUCAUGCACACUCCUGAAAGACCAAUGGUUUUUUAAUUUGUUUCUUUUUCCUCCUUCAGCCUGCAUAGAGUACCGUAUUUUCUGGACUAUAAGCCGCACCUGCAUAUAAGCCGCAUCCGCUCUAUUUAAAAAAAGAAAAAAGAUAUGCAAGCCACAGAUAUUUAUGUUGUUAGAUUAGAUAUUUACUACAUGUACAGAACCAUUUUGAACUGUAAAUGAUGUACAUGUUUGUACCUAAAUAGAUCCUUUCCUAACAGUGUCUUUUAACACGGCAGCAACUUUGCUGAUUAAAACAGGACAUAAUAACCGGUAUUUAUUUAUCUAUUUAUCCGUUUGAAAUCUGCUUCUACCUACUUCUAUCUGCUAAAGAAGAAGUAGUGUAUUCUUCUUUGCAUUUAUUUUGUCUUAGUUUUGAUUCUAAUUCUGGUUAGAGUACGGUGGUCGAGACCCGCCAUUGCUGAAAAUAAAAGUAACGCUGCAAACAGAAACAAAGUGGAAGAAAAAUCCACAGAAUAGCCGCACCUUUGUAUAAGCCGCAUGGUUGAAAACCUAUGAAAAAAGUAGCGGCUUAUAGUCCAGAAAAUACGGUAAAUGUUCCUCCUCUUCCAGUCCCUGCCCUGCCUGCAGUGCAGGUAGUCGUAUGCACAGCCCUGGCAUUCCACCAAUAUUAUGUUAGCUUUAAAAACCUUGCACUAGAACGUAUCCAGGGUGGUCAAUGUAUGUUCUUUGUUAGUUUAUUUUAAAUGUUCAGCUGCAUAUAUCACCAAAAGAUAGUAAUGUUCCUCGUGCGCUGAUGUAUAUGGAGGAUUUUUUGUGCUAAAAUUAAAUAAAUAAAUACACCAUUAAUUAAUUAAAA